AUGCCCAGGCUGGUGGCUCAGGGCAGCUCCCUGAGACGUGAUCCUCCACUCGUAGCUCAGGGUGGAAAAAAGAGCCCGGACCUUGGGGAAUAUGAUCCCCUCACUCAGGCUGACAGUGAUGAAAGUGAAGAUGACCUGGUACUCAACAUCCAGAAGAAUGGGGGGGUCAAGAAUGGAAAGAGCCCUCCCGAGGAGGUGCAGGACCCUGACUCUGAUGUGGAGGUUGGGAUGACAAAGCAGCACACGUCAGAAAGCGUACCCGAGGGUUAUCCUGCAGAGACGUCUGGGAGUUUGGAGCAGAAGGCUGCUUCCUCCCUCAUGCCAUACCUGCGCACAGCUAUCUUUCUGCUCACUGUGGUGAUCUCCAUGAUUCUCGUGUUGGUGUGCGCAUUUCUAAUUCCCUGUCCCCCUAGAGACUUGCAUAACACAUGGGACCGCAACCUAGGUCAAGGAGCAGGUGGUGUGUUAUCCCCACUGGAGCUGUGUGAUGUGAACGGCGAUGGGCUCCCUGACAUCCUCAUUGUCUUCACUGCCUUGAUGAAUGCUAGCGUCAUGGGUGUCUCUAGGCCCUCCGUAACUGUGGUGGCCCUUUCUGGCAUGAAUGGCAGCACUCUGUGGUCCAUCCAGCUUCCAGAGAAGACUCGAAGUGUGCAGUGCAAAGGCCUGUCACUAGGGGCACCCGCAGAGCCCGUCUGCCUUGUUACAGGAACAUCGAAAUUCCUCAGCCUGCUCGGGGCCUCCACAGGCAAGACCAUCUGGACGCUGAACUCCAUCCAUCUUUCAAGUGGAAUCCUGGCUGCACCAGCUGCAACUCUUCCGGAUGUAGAUGGAGAUGGGAUUAGAGAUAUUGUUGUUCUGGCCCUCAAAGAGACAGAGCCUGAGUUGUUUUUCGUCUUGGUGUCAGGAAAGACUGGAACUGCUUUAGGUGGGCCUGUGAAGUACAGCACCAAUGGAGAAGGGAAAGUGAUUGGCCCCCAAGUCCAUAUCACCAACCGGGGAGCCAUCUACAUCCUGUUUGGUUUUGGUAAUGUUCAAGCAGUUGCCCUGAGGGAUAUCUUUACCCAAGCCAGAAAUCGGGACAGCUUUCCUGCAAUGCUGCAGCAGGAGGAGCCGGAGUGGGAAAAGCGCAGAUCUGUCAACCUGUCAGAGCUCAUAGACAUUUACAGUGGGGGUGUUGACUUCCUGCAGAUGGUGAAGACACCUGACACAAACUGCAGCAACCUGCUUAUCACAACCAAGGAGGGCUUGAUCCUACUGCGAGGACAGGACUUGGAGCCCCGCUGGACCCUGGAACUGCAGAACAUCAGCAGCCAGCCUGUACCAGGUUUCUUUGGUGCUGACCAAACUCUGGACUUCAUGCUGCAAGCACAGACUGGAGCUGGGAAUAAAAAGGUGGUGGUGAUAGAUGGCAAAUCCGGACUCCCUGUUUGGAACCAGGAACUCCCGUGGCAGAAGCAGCAACUCGAUGCACUGUCAGUCAUGACUUUGGACAAGAAGUCUGUUUUUCUCUUCUGGGCUGAUGAAGCACAGCCUGUAUUACAAAGUUUGCAACCUGGUCCCAGACCUGAGCGCCCAGUGCUGCACCACCUCUAUCUCCUCCAUCCUGUUUUUCCUACAGUCCUUUUGGACCUCACCAAUGCAACAGACAAAGUCAUUGCUUCAGCAGUUGGAAUUAACGAUCUCCAGAAGGAUGCAUUUCACAUCACUGUGACAACAACUGCAACCUCUGAAAAACAGCCAGGAUUUCUGUCAGUCAGUAAGCUGGGCCUGAAGUGGGCCAUGAUGAGUCAAGGUCGAAUGGUGUGGCUAAAGGACACCAUGACUCCCAAAAUCAGCCGUGGAGAAGUGAGGCGAUUUCUUGCCCGACUGAAAUUCGUUUACUUUCCUCAGAAGCUCUAGCCUGGUGGUUCCUCAGAUUUUGGUUGGACCUGUGGCCUGUAUGGGGAAUACAGGAAGCUGCUCUGUGGAUCUUCAGGAAAACUGCUGUGUAGAGGGAAUGGGGGCUAAAAGCACUUCCCCUUGCUUCAGUUCUCUGGGGAAUGCUUCUGGAGGCAGGUUUGUCCUAGGCAGACCUAUCCUGUACCGGAGGAACCUUAUUCAGCAUCUCCCCCUCCAUAUGCCGUUCUUGCAUGCUUCCUUCCAGGUAACACGGAAAUGUGAAUUUAGA